GAGAGAGGGAGGAGGGAGGAGGGGCCGGCGGAGCUCGAGCCAGUUGUUGACAUAUCAGUGGCGGGAUGGCGGUGGUCCCUGCCCGCGCCGUCCUCAUAGUUAGUUUUAAUAUAUUCCGGGUGCUAUGCAGGAAAUACGGACUGUACUUUAUAAUCGGGCUAACCAUCAUACUGUUCCAAGGCUACUCUGGGUACUACGUGCUGCGCCUGGGGUCAGAUGAGAGACCCGUGGAAAGGGACUACCUGCACGUUCUGCCCUCAGACGACAAAUCCCAGGUGGAUGUUGAGAGCAGAGUGUACCAGGUGGACAAGGGUGAUGCCGACAGUCAUAAUAAAGGCCCACCUGAUGCGCUGGAUGUUAACAGUGAUGAGCUGAGUCGUGAGUGGCUGGGCAUUGACCUACCAUGUGCCAUCAGAAGCAAGGAGAGUCUGUCUGCCAUCAGAAGAGCCACGACAGACCACUGCAAGGCGCUGAUUGCCAACAUUACAUGCCAUAUUCAGGCUGGUACAUUUUAUCCUACAAGACUUCAGAGUUCCUGUCCUUCUAAUGGAUUUAAAAGAAAAGUCAGGGGUAAAUACAUGGGAUGUUUUAUGGACAGCAGAGAGAACCGUCUGCUUCGGGGACAUGCAGGACAGCUAAAGCGCAACACCCCAAACCUGUGUUGUGAUGUGUGCUACCAGAGGGGCUACAUGUAUGCCGGUGUGGAGUACGGGAGAGAAUGCUUCUGUGGGAAUGAAGAACUGUCACUCCAGAUGAAAGCGUCAGACCAAAUGUGCAGCAUGGCGUGCACUGGCGAUCCCAAACUCAAGUGUGGUGACUACCUCUACAUCAGCAUCUACCAAACAGGCCUGGCCAAAUACACACCGGUAGCACUGAAAGUGCCAUCCCCAUACCCAGUUAAUAAGUCUGCAAGAGUUGCCUUCAUUCUUACGGUCAAUGGAAGAGCCAUAAGACAGAUGAGGAGGCUGGUGAAGGCGCUUUACCACAAGGACCACUAUUUCUUCAUUCAUGUUGACUCUCGACAAGACUAUUUGUUCCGAGAAGUUUUGAAGCUGGAGGAGCAAUUCAGUAACAUUCGUGUAUCCCAGUACCGACUCUCCACCAUCUGGGGAGGUGCCUCACUGCUCAGGAUUCUCCUUCACUGCAUGGUUCAGAUCACCAAGAUAAAGGAGUGGAAAUGGGAUUUCAUUAUCAACCUUAGUGAAUCCGAUUAUCCUAUCAAGAAGAAUGAAGAGCUAGUGGCAUUUCUAACUAGCAACAAGGAUCGCAACUUCCUCAAGUCACAUGGUCAUGACACCAACAAGUUCCUCCAGAAGCAAGGCCUCGACCGUACCUUCCUUGAAUGUGAGAACCACAUGUGGAGGAUUGGAGAACGUCGUCUUCCCCUUGGAAUUCGUGUGGAUGGUGGGAGUGACUGGCUAUGUCUGAACAGAGCUUUUGUUGAGUAUGUGGUGACCAGCCCGAGUCCACUGGUGCAGGGACUCAAGAAAGUAUAUUCUUACACAUUGUUACCAGCUGAGUCUUUUUUUCACACUGUGUUGCGCAACUCUGAAUUCUGCCAAAGCUUCACGGACAACAACCUUCACAUCACCAACUGGAAGAGAAAGUUGGGGUGCAAGUGUCAGUACAAACAUAUUGUUGACUGGUGUGGCUGCUCACCAAAUGACUUCACUCCAGGAGAUUGGGGGAAGUUGGAGGCCUCAGUAUCCAGGAAUUUAUUCUUUGCUCGGAAGUUUGAAGCUGUCAUAAGUCAGACCAUCAUUAACCAAGUUGAUGGGUGGCUCUACACACCCUACUAUACCUCUACCGCUGGUCUUGAGAGUUACUGGGAGAACCGAUAUCACCAUGAAGACACUCCACAAAGUAGCAUGGAUGUGGCUCUCACCCUGUACCACUCUGGGGCCAGACUCAGUACCCGUGCUGUGGGACAGCUCGCAACCACCAGUGGUAGCAAUUGUAAGGUGUAUGCUACGUCUGUGCUUGAGGCACACUCUUAUCAUCUCAGUGAUACUUUAAAGGGUGUCUUGGUACGAUAUGUGGCAAAAAGUGAUAUGGAAACACCUUUUCAACUUGAGACUUGGAUAUUUCGGCAUAUUAAAUAUGUGCCACCAUUUGAGAGGUCCCAUCAUCGGCUUGUAGAUCUAGAGGUUGGAACAGAUUUUGAUGUGAAAGAGCAAGUUUUCCGCAACUUUGGUGCACCCCUGGGCCCCAACAGUGAUGUGACUGUAGUGCUGCGGUGGUCUGCAGGAGCAGGUGUCGAGGACCAGGUUGCUGAAGACAAUGUACAACAUCCACAGAUUGUGUUGAUGGACCCUACCCUGACUAUUGCUGCAGAGGAGCUACUCACAUUAGAGCCAGGGGAGCAGGUUUUGUCUCACACCUUCAUCCUGCGCAAGCCACUCUUGCCAGGAUCAUGGAUGGUCAAGGUCAUCAUUAGUGGUGCUGUGGUGGCAUCACAUUCAUUCCUGGUUUUAUCCAUGCAGUUUGUACAAGGGCGGCAGAUAUCAGUCCAGAAGGCAAGAGAACUGCACCGAGGGCCAUCUGAGCCCUACACAGAUGAUGACCUGAGUCACCUCACAGCCCUCCUUGCUCUUAGUCAUCCCAGCAAUGUGUCAGCUAAAGAAGUCAUCAAUCAUCAUUCUAACUUGUAUGGACCACAACUGUCCCAAUGGAUAGAUGAACUAGUCAGCAGAUUCUACACUAUCCAAGACUCUUGUUAUGUGGCUGGCCAGGACGUUCCAGAAUGUGUUCGCUUCUUGUUGGACUCCUGCUCCCAUACUUCCUGGAGCUCCAUAGCACCCGACCCAAAGUCAGAUCUUGGUGAGGUUGAUGACAGGACUGGAAGAAUCUCUGAUCCAUAUCGCAUUGGAAAUAGAGAAUUUUAGUAAACUAUUUUUAUUGAAUGUUAUCACAGUAACAGAAUCAUUUUAACUUCAACCAUAUCAUCCUGAGCUUGGAAGACAGCUGAAAUGUCUCCAUAUAUUUCAGUGUACCUAAAUCCUAAUUGUCCUUUUUUAUCUUAAGAUGCUGGGGCCAGUAGAUACAUGAUCACUGUCUAAAGCUCUGGCAUGUUGCAAAGUGUUGGCUGUGUUAUGUUGAUAUGUAGAAGUGCUUCAAGUUUUAGGAGGAGGUAGGCAAUAUGUGAGAAAUGUGAUAAUUCAUUAGAAUAUUUUUAGGACAUUUUAAUAUAUUUUAUUUAAUAUUUGUAGGUGAAUUGUUGGUGUGCCAGUUUUUUGGAUUAGUGCCAUAAGAGAAAAUAACAAACAUAAUUUUUCAAUUUGUGCCAUGCAGAAAACAAUUGAAAAAUAUUCACACCAUAUCUCUUGAUCUUCAGUUAAUAUAAAUAUGGUAACAUUGCAAGUUUAGUUUGGUUUCCAAAACUUGUCAUUUAAAUAGAUUUUUUAAAGAUUUAAAUAAGGUUCUGAGUAAUUUAUGAAAUUUAUCACAAAACAUUUUUUCUUAAUUGGUUUUAUUGCUAAAAUAAGAAGCUGUAACACUCCUCAUUGUAGGUGAACAUUACAUUUUGCAAACCUCAAAUGAUUUAUUUAAGUUUUAUUAGUUGAAAUUUAACAAGUUAUACACCGGGAUAUCAUUACAUUCAAGGAUUCCAUUCUGCUCAAUACUGGCAUGACGAGAAAUCAUACACAGGGAUCUCUUGAUUUAACUUGGUUUAUGUUUAGAAUAUGCAAUCUUGGAAUAACUUGGUUAAAAAAGAUUUACUUGGUUUGUUUAGAAUAUGCAAUUUUGGGAUAACUUGGUUAAAAAAACUUGGUCAUUUUUUCAUAUUACACAGAUUAUUUACAAUAACACAAUGUCAAAAAAAUCAAGUUGUGUGGCUAGUUUAGUUCUGUGAUGUGGCCAUCAGGUGUUCCCCAUGUGUACCACCAAAAUGCUGUCCUUUUGCAUGGUGCUUCAAGCUCAUUGUUAAUAGUGAUAGUGAUGGGCAGGAACUGAUGACCCAAAUAUUCAAGGAACCAGGUCCUUAGGGCAGGUGGAACCAUCAGAACCAGUUCCACGUGGAAUCAGUAGUGUGUGGCUGAAUACCAACACACCCAAUACAAAGCUAUGUAAUGGUAGAGCUUUAAAUAAACAUGUACAAUAAGCAAUAAUAAAGGGGGUAUCACAAUGCACAGAACAAAGAACAUCUGCCUGAGGUAGUAGGAAUUUGCCUGAGAUUUGUGGGGGAAAGUUGGGAUGGUUUGAUACCCAUUCAGACCCUUCGCAUGCUAUCUCAGUAAAAAAUAUGUAUGAAAUAUGGAAUAAAAACCUACUUCAACUCAAAAACAUGCAUAAUUCUUUUUAUAUUGGAAUAUUAAAUAAUAUUUUAUCAAUACUUUAUCAAUCUAAAAAGAUAAAAUUCAUAUUCAUGUCGAUAGUUUGCACUCAUGGCAACCAUCCUCAACUCUAAAGUUGCCAUUAUGCACCUCUUGGUUCUUCUUUAGCUUCUUGCAAGUGCAAUUCUAGCAUGAAGCACAUGCUGAGGUAUUAGUGGCAUGUUUUCGUUCCGAUUCAUUUUAAUUAGUCUUGGUCUUUGUUGUUGGGCCGUUUACCUAGCACAGCAAGAACACAGACAGUUUAUGUGUGAUAACUUUCCUGGUUUCAUACCAAGAACAUGGCCUGUGCUCUGCAUAUCAUAGACCAGUGUGAUACCCUCUUCAAACCUAAUUUUUUCUUUUCAAUUUUGUUUGAUAUCUCAUAUCCUUCAACUGAAUGUCAACUAAAUGCAAUCUUCUAGACUUUGUAUGUACUGUACAGUUUACUUCACUAAUCAUAUUUACUUUAUGCAGUUUUUAUGUAUCCCUCUCAUAAUUUGAGAAAUUCCUGUAUAUGGAGUCAAUUUUCUAUGGGUUACAUGUCAUGGCCACUUUGAAUCUCUAAGCAUUUAUCACUUCACAAGACCAGUUUGCAAAGUAAUAUAUUUUACAACUGAAAAAUUUAACAAUUAAAAACAAAUGGAAAUUUGUACUCAAGCAAAGAAUUGCAAUAUUAGUUAUGAUGCAGAGUUGAUGUAGAUCCUUGCUAAACAAAAGCGCAUAGGAAUAAUGUGGAGUGAGAUGGUGCAGGAAGAGAUCCUGGUGUAUUUUUUCAUUUAAAGUUGAGCUAAAUAAUACAUAGAGCUAAGAUGAUCCAAGCUGCAAUAGUGAUAUCAUUAUUAAGCCAUCAGUUACUUGCACUUGUAUAGCAUUGUGUGUCAUAAUUCCACAUGAAUUUGAAUAUUUUUAUCUGAAUAUUUUACAAUCAAUCUAACUUGAGCAAUGAAUAGUGCAAUGAGAUAAUUUAGUAGAGAACCAAUUCCUAAACUAGACCCUGCUGUGAAUUUUAGUAAGAAAACCACAUGGUACAAAUUAUAGCUGAUACAUGCACUAUCACAACCCAUUUUAGUUGGAUGAUGCACAAUUAUGCACAUUUAUCUACUCUACUCUUUUCUCUUAUGGAAAUUAUGCAACAAUCUCAAGAUUUCUCAAGAUUUUUUUUUAUUUUCUGCCAUAAAUCAUUCCUGGCACAACCACAAUAAAAUUCAAAGCAAUAAGUUAUGAAUUCAUAUCAGACUAUUGAAGGAAUCUGUGAUACUGUUCAUUAGAUGCCAUCUUGUUAAUGUGUUCUAGGAUAUACAUAAAAUAUUAUGAAGCACGGUCAUUUUGUAAUGUCAUCACUGAGAACUCUGAGUGAAAUUACUCCAGUGAAUUUAAAUGUUUGAUAAAUAAUUGGCUUCUGACUUAGGAUUUACAUAUUGGUAGCUACAACUUGACUGAAGAUUACUAAAGUGUUCUGUGAUUUUAAUGAAGUUAUGAAUCUGUUGCACACAUGUGUUUAUCAUGCUCAAAAUUUUAAAGCUAUUAUGCUUUGUAUGAAAAUAACAGGUAAGAUUCAGUUAAGUGGUCUUAUUAUGUAUUUCAUGAAUUUUGAGAAUGUAAAUAGAAAACCAUGUCAAUACUCAAAUUAUCAUGAAUUGUAUGAAAUGAAAGUAACAAGUCUAAAGUUUUGUUUUAGUGAUUAAUUUUCAUGUUAUUACAGAAUACUUUGCAUAUUGAUCUAUAUAACAAUAAUUUGAAUUUCAGUGUCAUUAUCAUUUAGUAAAACAAUUACCAAGUGGAUGAAGAAGAAAGAAAAUAGCACAUGCCUCUUCAUACAUAGACAUUUUCUUUUCAAUAACGAGUAAUAAAACCUACAAUAAAACACACCUGCAAGGUCCUCAGGGACACAAUGAACCAUCCUCUGUCACAUACUCAGGCACUGUUCUUCCUAAAGAACAACAAGCAGCCAACAUGAUAUGCAGACAAAAAGAUGAACACACAAAAAUAAUUAUGAAGUCAUUCAUCCCUUUCUCCAAUUCACUUAGGAAAUUCAUUGCAAAUUUUAAGUUGACGAAACAAAUUAUAGGGAUACAGAAAAGCAACAUACAUCUUGUACAAAAAUUUGCCAUCCUGCCAAAAUUGUAUAUGUACAAGUGUUUAAAUAAACUUCCAAGAUGAUGAAAUAAGAAGUGCCAAUGUACGGAGAUGGUGUAUUGCUGGCCGCAACACUUCGCUCCUGAAACAUUGAUGACGCUCAUCAUGUUGCUGCUAGCUUGAUGUUUUUAUUUUGUUUGAAUACUGCAUUUUUAUUUUGUCUGAAUACUGCAAAAAUCAGUCAUGUAUAUAGAGGUGGAGUACUUACCUGGAAAAAUUCAAGGAAGCGUGCUUUUGGAAUGUAGUUGCUGCAGUUAUGAUAUUGUAACUAGUCACUUGAUAUUCACUUAGAUACUGACUACAUCUAAGCGAAUGGUGCCACAGCAGCUGAAAAAAUAGGCAGAUUAUAAAUAUUUAUUUAUAAGUGUAUUUGUUUAAGGAUAUAGUAGCCAGUGGCCUUUUUAGUCUCAUUGACAUCAUGAAAGAAGUAAAAAUGAACAAAAAUAAAGUUACAUCAUGAAAAUGUCUUAAGUAAAUCUACAAAAUAUACAAUUCAGCAAGCAAUAUAUAUAUCUAGAGGGAAUUAAAAAUGAAUACAUUACUGCCUUUCAAGGUGGGAACCAAAAGUCUGUUCACAACUAGCUUGUUACUAGAGUCUAAGUGACGGAAAAAAAAAAAAAAUAAAUAAAUAAGUUGGGACCUUGCAAGCCAGUCCACGUAAUAAAUAUUACUCAUGGGUUGCAAUUGACAGUAUAGUUGGGACGAUUCAGUACCAACAGUAUCUUGUUAAAUGGUGCCAAUAUGCUUAUUUUGUUUGUUUACUUAGAAAUCUUGAAUCUUUUUGAUAAUUAUUAUGGUAAUUUUAAGGCUUAGGUUUUUUGUAGCUGUUAAUGUUACCUGUAAAGUUUUUAUAUUAUUAUUAUUAUUAUUAUUAUCAUUAUUAUUUUACUUUUAACCCCUUAAGGGCAAGUGGCAUCUAUAAUUGAUGCAAUGUAAAAGGAUAGCAUCUUUAGUUGACGUGCUUUUCACAGGUGUAAUUUAAAUUUUCUGCAAGAAAUUUUGGCCAGGGAACAUCUUUCCCUCAUAAUGAUGUCUUCCCAUAAGCUUCAGUGUCCUACAAACUAUGGUAAAGCCUACAGGUGAAAAUAUCGUUCCUCUUCCUCUCAAGCAAGAUAAAGGAUGCUUUGUGCCACAAAGCUUGUGCCUCAGCCAGGCCACAGCAUGGCAUGCAACCAUCCAUUCAAACAUAGGCUGAGAAAGAGGGAAAAGAUACUUCAUCACUGACAUCAGAUCACUAAGAAAGUUAAAAUUUGUUGGAGACUGAAGAGGAAGGAUUGACAAGUACAUGAUGCUACAGCAUUUUUACCAAUAGGUCAUUUAAAGAUAUAAAAAAAUUGGUGAUGGAAAAUUACCUAUUUUUGUGGAACUGUUAAAACUAGCCUGGCUGGGAGGGACAUCUACAAGGAAAUGUCUGUUCUUUAGGGGUUGAAUUUAGUUGAUGCUAAGCAAUUGUGACAUUUCUGUUUGGUAUUUUUUCAUAAAAUUAUCUUUAAAAAUUUGUAUGGAGAUAUUCCAUGGCACUCUUAGAUUACUAUCAGAACCUUUUAGCAUUAGGAUUUGUGUGUCUGUAUACUUAUAUAGCUUUAAGUUGCAAGUGUUUAUGAAGAUGCCAAAGAAUGUUUCCAAGCACAAAAUGUAUAUCAUACUUGUGAUGUAUCAUAUCAUAGUUUGUAUGGUAAGAUACUGUGAUCAAAGGAAAUAAUUAUAAAUCUAGAAUAUUUUUUGGUUGUUGUAAAUAUAUACAGUUAUUUAAUGAUAAAGUUGUGAAAAGUCUACCAUUUCUUUCUGGUCCUUUAGAAAUGCAGAAAAGGGACUAUGAAUGACAUUUUGUUGAAUUAAAAGACGUACUAUAUACUAUAGUUGUUAGCAGAUGCAUAAUGUUUUUUUGGGGCAUUAUUACAUUAUGUUAAUAAGUGUUAAAGUAUGAUAACAUUGUUGCAGUUCUCAUAGUUUGUUAUCUUAAAAUAAUUACAAAUUUAUUUGCCUUACCUGCAACUAUGGGCACCAGUUUCACAUGAAUUUGUAAAACACAAAAUAAAGUAUGCUAUAUGACUAGAAACCUCCUCAACUGUUGGGACUGUACAGCACAGCACAGUAAUCCAUUUCUGGUCUAUUUGUGCAGUUGCUUGAAGUUGUUUGUGAUGGAUAUAUAGAGUAUUAUGGAAAUCCUCAAUAUCAAAAUAUUUAUUGAUCAUUCAUGGCCAUUCAUUUACUAUUACCUCUAAUGUUUUUUCAGUAGCAGUCUUCUCAUCACAUUAGUAUCUACAUUAGCCUAAGUGUUCAUGCUGCAGAUUAUAACAGCAAUCCUUUUUUGUCACAAAGUUCAUAAACUGUUAUUAUGUAAAGAUAUACUAAACCUUUAUUAUUAGGCUACUUUCUUGCCAACUAUGGAUAUGAAGAUUUUUUAUGUUAAUAGUUUGGUCACAUUGUAUAUAAUGAAAAGAGUAUGUGUGGAGUAUGAAGUGAGUAAUAAUUUGUAGAAUAAAGUUUUGAACUAAACUAAGGCUGGAAAGCUGAAUACUACAAGCACAAAGUAUAUUAAUAUAUUGUACAUUUCAUUUGUAGAUUGUACAAAGAAUAUUUAAAAUGUCAAAACUGUACAUUUCCAAUAAACUAAUACAAAGUU